AUGACUAGCACAGUUCCAACGGACGCAUUCCCUCCAGCGUCGAAUACAUCUAUCCCCACGGCCGAAGCCAUCCACCGUCACCUUCACUCCUAUCCUUUUGAGUCGGAUCAAGAAUACCAAGCAGGUCUUGCUGCUAUCCUCGGCCAUCCCGAGACGCCUGUUACUCGGGAAGAACUUGCUGAGAAGGCGGAUUUGGUUCUACAAACCCAGUGCUUCUACUUUGCCCGGAAAUUCAAUCUUCCCCCUAUAGACCCCGAAGCAUAUUCCACGUGGCUCCAGACUCAUGGCGAGCCUCAUCAUUUACCCGUGGCAGAGACGCACCCUGCGCAUUCAACCGAACAGAACGCCUCGGCCACCCAGCCUUCUUCCACUCAACCACCAACAGAGUCCUCUUCCGAUCCCGAGCCACCUUAUCCCGUUUCCUUCGCAGCCAUCGUGGAUUUGAUUACUCGCAAUAUUCCUGUUCCGGGCAUUGAAGAAAUCCCCGACACUGUUCUAGAGCUGGGAUCCAGCAAAGUCGACAAAACUCCCCGGAGGAAGAAACCGUGGGAGAAAGAUGGAGAAGAGAAUGUCGGGACAGUAGCGGACCAAGCUAUCCUGGAGCCUCAGCUGCCAGCUGCAGCAGCCGAGCUCAACUCCGUCGCCCAGAGCGUGGAUAUAAACGGAUACAAGGAGACCGGCCAGGGAGUGGUGAAUAUUCUCAAACCGAACGCUGUGCCUGAAAGCGGACUCUUAAGCAAAGACUGA